AGCAGGCUCCUAAUACCAGUAUUUGCAGCUGCAAACAUGCCUGAUAUGGAGUGUGCUGAAGCUUGCCCCUCCAGAAAGAUCCUCAAGCCUGUGGUGGAGAAGCAGAGGAGAGAUCGGAUAAACCGGAGCUUGGAUGAGAUGAGGGAUCUGCUUCUGAAGCUUACCGCCAAUCAGAAGCUUCGCAAUCCUAAAAUGGAGAAAGCAGAGAUCCUGGAGCUGGCGGUCAUCUAUGUCAGAGACAUCACCCGUAUGAAGUCGCAAGAUCCUCACCGAUGGGCAAAACCUGCAGGAAAGUGUUAUCUUUCUGGGUUCCAAGACUGCUUGGACCGCACAGAAGACUUCAUCCAGGACAAAAGCCCAAAAGCCAAGGCCCGUUUUCUCGAUGAGCUGCAGACGCACCUUCAGGACAGGUUGCGUUUACCAAAUCAGCUCAACCUUUGCAGCCAAGUUGGCAGUCAGGAUAAAGACUUGUCUUCGGAAGGGAAUGUCUCCCCCGUUUCCACCAUAGAAGUAAGCCCAUGCUCGCCUCCCCUCAGCGGAUCUGAAAGUGUAAGCCCCCCGAGAUGGAUGCAAUCAAGUUCCCCAAACCCUGGUGCUUACCAAAUGGAACAUAACCAUGCUUCAACCUAUGUUUGGAGACCUUGGCCAUAAAGUUAAAUGAACAAGUACGAUGGACUCCUAAAACCUGUUUUGAAGACUUUUCUAAUCAAAUCUCCAUGAUUGUUGAUGUCCCAAGUGGAAUCUCCCAACCACAGCUGGAAAGUCUCAGACUCCAUGCUGCAAAGGGGUCAUAUUUUUGGAUAUUCAAAUCAAGUUAUGAUUAUUUUCUCUUUUUUUAAAGGGGAUUAUCCAAAAAUGAGUUUACCUGCAGUAACAAGGGGAGCUAUUCUAUAGACUGGCCAUACAUUUUAAUGCUCAGCAUCUCUGUAUGGUUGUCAGCUCAAACAGGUAAUAAUUAUAAUAUAUUUAUAUAAUACAAAAACAUUAAGGCACGCCCCCUAGAAAGUUUCAAGGUGUGUGUUUACUAAAAAACGUAUAAAUUGGUUUUUGAAUACAUAACUUGUGAACUCUGAAGAAGUAUUCCCAACUGCAGGCAACCAGUAUGGAGCAUCUUAUUAUCCUACAAAAUGUCUAAUAUAUUAGGGCUGGAGAAUUCUGGGGUAAAGCCAAGGAGUCCGUUUUUGGAGUCCACGAGAUACCAGAUGCUUGGGUAUGAAAGCAGAGUGAAGGUUUGAGGAUGGCAACCCUUUUGUGUCUUGAAAUUAUAUUAUUAAGUUGGCUUCCUAUGGGCAAACUGGAACAGUAAGGCCCCGUACAAACGACCGAACAUGUUUGAUGAAA